CCAAUUCCUUCAACUAAAAUACUAAAUACUAGUAUGUACAUAUAGAAUUUGCUUAGGCACUCUUGCCUUUACCCUUCUCAGUCCUCGACCAUCCCGCUCCUUCGUCAACCCCUCGCUGCCGCCGCCACCGCCGCCGCCGUCGCUGCACAAUUGCCAGCUCCCGUUUCUGCACGGCCAGAUUCGACAAUUGGAUGAAAAGCUGCAAGCUGCCAUAGAUGACUCAGUCCAAAUCCAGCUAGUUCAAGACUUCCAAUCAAACUGGUAGCCAAGAACAAAAAGGCAUAUGCUUUGAAGGCUUCUUUCUCUCGUGUUGCAGAUCAUACGAUCUUAAUGGGGCAUGACCAUAUCGCUCAUAUAAAGAAGCUCAUGGCGGAUGAUUCACUUGGUGAUAAUUCUCAGCCUGAAGACAGGAAAAGUUGUCAGGAACCUGGUUGCAAUGAAAUUGUCAACGGAAGGAGAGCGUACUGCAUUAGUCACACUGGAGCGUAUUCGUCACAACAGCAUAGUUACGUCCAGAGUUCACAUAAGAGCUCAGAUUUAUAUAUGUCCCCUGUUAAAGGUAACCAGUGUACCGAACCUGGUGCCAGUACAGUAACAUGCACUGAGCAAGAUAUACGUAUCAAAUAUGAAGGGGGUGAUCGAGACAAACUUAAGGAUAGCUCUGGUAACACCCAGGGCGAUACUGGAGUAGCAAUCAUCCAUGGUACUGACGUACUUUGCAAUCACGAGAACUGCACAAAGCAGGCCCAGGGUAACGCAUUAUACUGUAAGUUACACAGUGGUGGUAGUAAGGGUUGCUUGGUACGGGGCUGUAUGAAAGCUGCACAUGGUGGCACACCUUUAUGCAUUGGCCAUGGAGGAGGGAAGCGGUGCAUUGUUGCUGGAUGCCCAAAUGCAGCAUGUGGCCAAGGCCGUAGUGAGUAUUGUGUGAGGCAUGGUGGUGGCAAGAGAUGCAAAUUUGAAGGGUGUGCGAAGGGUGCACAAGGGAACACAGACUUCUGCAUCAGGCAUGGUGGGGGAAGGCGGUGCAAAUCUGAAGGAUGUACAAAGAGUGCACAAGGACGGACAGAUUUCUGUAUCAAGCACGGCGGGGGCAGUCGGUGCAAGUCCCAAGGAUGCAAUACGAGUGCAAAAUGGGGGACAGAUUCCUGCUCGGUACACCGGAAGAGGUUGCCUGGCGAGGAUAAUGCUACCCCUGAAGCUUUGCCACUCCCAUCUGGAAAACGUCGAUCGGCGAAGAAACCCAAAAAGGCAGUAAAACAAUCAGGAGUCUCCCAGGGGACAAUCACUUCUACUGUAUCUACAGCUGGAAGCAGCACACAAGCAAAGGGUGUUCAUGUGGCUACCAUGCCUUCAAACCGUGAAUUGUCACACAAGAUUGUAAUGGCAGCAGCCAUGGGUCCUACUCAGGUAUUACCACUCUCCAUGAAACCACCAACACAGUCCGGAAGAGUGGUUUCAGCAGAGGAUGCAGCAAAAGCAGUGCGACGCUGAAUCUUUAAAAGAGACGGUGCGGGUGUAUGUGAAGGCUUGCAGUGCUGUCAAUCUCUGAUUCUUGAUUUGGACCGGGAGAUCUCAAAGCCAUAGGUGUCCAUUGUUACAAGUCGUCACUGUCUCUUUUCAGUCUAACCUGUCAUUCUCUUUGUAUUCUGUAAUGUUGUGUGGUGCUUCGUAGAAUGGAAACUGCUGACUAUGUGAAGUUGUGGACGAUUAGCAAGGAAUUUGCAUCCUUUAAUGAGGUGUGUGCGAGAGACACUGAAUGGGCAGAACGUGGCAGGUGCUGCUUGUGAUACUAGUGCGUCUGUCGUGCAAACUGGAACACGUUUAGAAGAAAACAAUUUGGUUAUUUGAGAUUC